AUGACGACGAUAUCAAAGGGUCGUCUUUCACGCCGCUACGAGGUCAUUCCUAGUAUCGAAUCCAUCUUCAAUGUGGACGAUGACAGCAAGAUUAACCUCGAUCAUCAACCAGAAGUAUUUCUAGCCAACCAAUUAAAAUUCAACUUAAAUGUUCCAACCACCAUGGAAAAUUUAGCUACAUCAUGUAAAGAUCCUUCACAUAUCAUCAUUUCUCAUGGCGAUGAUAGGCACAAGAGUCAUCAUCGGGAUCAAAAUCCCAAAUCUGCUGACUUUAAUAUUUUGGAUAGCGAAGAACUGAACCUUGCCCUAAGAUUUGCAAAGCAAGAUAUCAAUCUAGCCCGAGCCGAUUUAUCGACACAAACUAAUACUGUCAUGAACAAAAGCCGACGUGCAAAAAGGAAUAAAGCUAAUCAUGAACGAUCCCAUGUAUCUAUAGAAGUAAACAAAAUCAACAAGCCUAAGAAAUUAUCAUCUCAAUCUAAACUUUUAGUAUCAACAGGCCUACCACAGCGCAACCGGAAGAAAAAUAAUGAACAAUAUACUGAUCGCAAAACAAUCGGCCGAUCCAGAGAUCUUAUAUGGGUGCAAAGUAAACCAUCAAGUUCCAAUAUAGUAAAAAAAGAAAGAGCAUCAAGAAUUGAGCAGAAAGCUAAUCCAGCGCCUGUCUGGCAUAGUGAUAAAGAUAAAAAGAUCAGCGAAAUUGAACGCCUACGAUCGGAAAUUCGAAAACUGGUCAUGCAAACAAGAGAACUAUAUCACGAUGUUUCGCAAAAAGAGGCUGAUGUUAGCUUAUCAUCUGCAAAGCCUGUCAGCAACCCAGACAAAUUUAUUGUUAAACUUAGUAAUCGAAGUAUUCGGACUUUAUAUGUUCUGCAAAAAAAGAUAAAGAUAGUUUCUAGUGGAUUACAUAAGGAUCCUGUUGUUGAUAAGCUGCGAUUCAAAGAGAUUUUAACUCAUAUUGCAGUCAGCUAUAGAGGAUUAAUCAAGACACUAGAAGAAUUUAAUCGUGAUAUUGCCCGGCGAUCGCACGAAGUGGAAGUGAAAAUUGCCCCCAAAGUCUACAAGGAUAUUGGCAGCCUAAUAAAUAUCAUAACCCAGUGUUGCAGUGCUCUUAAAAUUGCUCCAGUUGAUGAUACUGCGGAACUAUUAUUUCAAUUGUAUAAUGAUUGCCAGGCUAUGAAUCGAAAAACUCAACCUAGAAGUACAUCUAAAGGUGUCUUAUGGGCUGAUUCCAGAAAGGUAUCGAAGAUUUCCGAUGGCCGUAAGGGAAAAAAUCAAGAAUUUCGAUUUCUUAGAGACACAGAGUCAUCAAGGCUCAAAAUAUCUGAUAAAAGUAGACAACGUAGCAAUGGAUUUGAUCCUGAUUUUGUAUUUCAAGCUUCUGAAGAUCCACGUUUAGAUGGUGAAAUGACGUUAACACCUCCAGAAUCUCCAACUAAACAGUCUCUUCUUCCUUGGAGAGCAACCUCUCGUUCAGCUACCCCUCGAAAUAUCAAUGCAUCCGAAUCGAUAGAAAAUCAACCUUCCCCUACUGGCUCUCACCGGCAGGUCUCCGUGUUUGACGAUAAGAAAUCAGACGACGUGGAUCGCCGCCUGACCGAUAGCCCUCGCCAAGUUUUAAAGCUACGGAAGUCACCGAGGCGCCGAAAAUACGUCAAUACAAGCUCUGAUUCUGUGAAAAAUCAUAUUGUAAAUGACCUCAACCGCAGGAAACAACAAUUUUUUACUGAUGUGGUUUCGGCUCAUGGUGACGACAUUACGGAAGCACUAUUAAAAUAUCUUAUUGGUGAUACUGUAGAUGAAUUACAAAGAAUUGAAUGCAAUGAUGAAAUGAAAAAUGAAGUCGAUAACUUUCUAUCCGAUACGAAUAUUGAAAAAGUUUUGCAACUCAUUGAAAAUAUUGAGUUGCAAGAGGCCAACGUACGUCGUAAACUGAAUGAUAUAGAAUACGCAGAUACAAAUGAUCUCAAUCCUGCCAAUUCAUCUCCGAGCAUUCCUGAUCAGAAUCCUAUUGUCAUUACUAGACCACAGUCUGGUCAAUUAGUAUUUACUAAUACUCCAACUGAAUUAGACGAUUCUGGGAAGAUUAUGUAUAACAUAAAUAAUACCAGUCAUAUACCAAAUCAUCUAGAUGUAAAUUUAUUAGACAAAAGAGUCGUUGCAACUUCUCGCAGCGCUAUGGACAGAGUUGAACAGUAUUGCGAUCUAUAUAAGGAAUACCAGUCAAAAGUACCACAAGAAUUAUCUGGAACGUCAACUGGUAUCUGGAUGUAUGAAAGAAUUUGUGACAAAUUGUUGAAUAAACUCCUUGAAAGUGUGGGAAAAGAAAUGGAAAAAAAUAUUGACAGCUAUGUUGAAAAUGUAUACGCUGCUGAGUUUCAGGCAUAG